UCCCUCAGACGUAUGACACUCUAGGUUAGUGUUCCACGGGUGACGUCUGUGAGAUGGGAGAACUCUGGCAUUGGCUUCGGCCUGACUGUUGCAUAGUGAUUGGGGAAGAUGUUCAGAGAGAGUUGGUUUGAGAAAGGAAAUCUGCCGAGCACUAAAGUUUUGACAGACUUUGAUUAAAGAAAUGGAUACACCACAGUCCUCAGACGGUGUCAUUGGUGUGUCCCAGAAGAUGAUGGAGAGCUUUCUGAAAGUCUGGUAACCUGGCACGUCUCUCGAGACGCCCCUGGCUGGGUCCGGCCGCACAGGGGAGGCCUGACGGGUCACCACAAUGCCAGAGAUGACACAGAGUCAGAACCCAGCACCCAAGCCACACAAGAGAAAGAAGAACAAGAACAAGGAGAGCCAUAAUGCAGUUGAAAGACACCGCAAGGAGAAGAUCAAUGCUGGAAUCAACUGCAUUGGGGAGCUCCUACCCUGCUCCCCAGCCCUCAAACAGAGUAUCAACAUGAUACUGGCCGAGGCGCAUAAGUACAUCACAGAGCUGAAGCAACAGAACGACGAGAUGCUUCUACACGGCGGAGACAAAGUGCAAGCGGAGGAAAUCCGGCGUCUUCGUCGGCAGGUGGAGGACUUGCGUCGCGAGAGCCUUCACUACUUGGAGCUGCUGAAGGCCAAUGGCAUCAACUAUCUGGAUGAUGCCACGGUGCACUGGAAGGGCAAGCAAGGUCGCGCCAAGGUUGUUGCCAAGGUCACGCCGACGCCAGCUCACCUGCAGGCCAAUGGAAUAGUCGUCUACUCGGACUGCAGCACCAACGCAAACACCAUCUCCGUCUCCACCACGGCCAAGCAGCCCGGCCAACAUCUUCAGGUCCCUCAGCAGGAUAAGCCGGCUGAGGCUGCGGUGGCGGUGACAGUGCAGCAUGCUGCUCAGGGAAUCAGGCCGCUUGUCCACAACGGAGCUCAAGCGCAACACGUCAUUACUUCGUUGCCUGCUCCUCAGCAUGUGCCCAUGGCGACGUUGGUUCCCGCGGUGACGAGGAUUGAGCUGACUGUGUUGGAGCAACAGCCUGUGGCAUCAGUGGCCCCUGUCGUCCCCAAACUGCCCCCCUCUGUCAACUAUAUCACGCUGCAGAGCCUCUUCCCGCCAGCUGCAGCCACUGCCCGCCUGCCACAGCAACCUCUACCUGUUGCUCCCGCCCCCAGCCUCAUGUCUACAGCCAGCGCUGCUGUGCCCCUACCCCUCCCCAGGCUGCCGACUGCAGGAGUGGCCCUCGUGCCCCAAGCUGCAGAGAGCAGGCUGCUGCCCCUGGAUGCCACCUCCCCCAGCCAGACGCUGCAACCCAGUUCAAACCUCCUCAACACUACAGGGAACACGCAGACCACAUGGACUACUCUGCACCUGGCGGGAAACACUGUCCAGCCUGUCUGUCAGACCCUGUGCGUGUCAGACGGUAACGGUGAUGGUGGCGGCAUUGCUGUCCCACAGACUCUCUCUGUGUGUCCUGUCGGGAUGAAGCCCGCCGCUCAACCUGCUACCAUCCAGAUCCAACCGCAGGCUGCGUCGACCGCUCCACAGGUUGCCAUGGCUGUUCCUGUUCCACCCCAGUCGCCCCAGCAACAGCCAACCCAGCUCCAACCUGCCACAGUCUUGUCUCCUCCACCGUCCGCCAUCUUGCCCCAGUCCACACUGGUUGCCCAUCCUGUCAGUGUCUCAAAGGGUCAGCCUGUGGUCAUGCCAGCGCUGGGUCCCCAGGUGGCGUUGCUGCCUCAGCCUGUAGCUCCGCAGUCCCGGCAGGCUCUAGUGCCCCUGAGUAGUCAGCCCCAGCCAGUCCUGUUGCCCCAGCAACCAGCCGUACUUCCUCAUCCCCAGUCAGUCCUGUUGACCCAUACCAAGAAGCAACCAAUCCUACCACAGCCACAACCCACAAUCGUCCCACAGGUGGUGGCGGCGAUGCCCCAUCACUCUGCUGUCACACCUCAGCAUCAGUCUGUUGCAGCACCACAGCUGCCCCAACCCACGAUCCUCCCACAGCAGCCCCAGCCUGCAAUCUUCCCACAGCCUCAAACAACUGUAUUGUCCCAGCCAGCGGUAUUGCCACAGCAGUCAAUAUUCUCCCAGCCCCAGACUACAUUAUUACCCCAAACUACAAUAUUACCACAGCAGCCCCAUACAACGUUCCACUCUCAGCCUGCACUCCUUCCCCAGUCCCAGGCCUCUGUGGUUGCGCAGCCUCAGCCCCACUCAAGCCUCCCUGGUCAACAGCAUCAGGCUGCUGUGCUCCCGGUCCUCCAGACCAUGCAGGUACUGCAGGUGAAUCCUGCCGGUGCAACCGUUGCCGCUGCUGUCUCUGCAGCCCAGAGCAGCAGCAGCCCCAACGUGGUGUUCCUGCAGCAGGCAGCAGGCUCCUGCAGCACCCCGCAGGUCAUCAGGGAGGACCUGAACACCAGCCAAGCGGCUCAGACAACUUGCCAGCACAUCGUUAUCAUUCAGGCACCAAGUCAGGCGCCUUCGGUUGCACCUCAGGCCCCCCAAGCGGCUGUUGUGCCUGCUCCCAUGCCUAUUUUACCAAGCCAUGUGGCAGUAUCGGGUACGCACCCCACUGCUCAAACCCAGUCAGCUCCAGGCACCAAGCAGCUGGUGCAGAUUCUUCCCCAGUUGCAGUCGCCGGCUCCUCAGACCAUCUCCAUGAACGGACAGGUGUAUGUUUUACAGCCGGUCACGUCACCUGAAAAGGCUGCGGCAGUUCCUGCACAGGUCGGCCAGUCCUACUCUGCCGACGACCCGGCGAGCUGUAACGUCACUCUCCAAACCUUAGGGCCCCUCACCGCGAACCUGAACCAGACAGACCCGCAGGCUAGCAGUCAGAGUAUUGUUCAAGUGCACACUAUCGUUCCAACAUCGCAAGCAGUUGUGCAGUCCACCCCACUGCCAUCCACUAACCUGGCAGUGAAUAGCUCCGUUUCAAUCACUCCCACGACCCAUGGAAACCCUUCCCCCUCCAAGCAGACCAAGGGUAAGGCUAAAGGCACUGUGAAGAAAAUAGGGCCAAAGCGGAAACCAGGAAGGAAACCUAAACCGCCCCGAAGCAAAGACGUCAGAAUCGGCCUCCUCCCGAUUGCUGCCAAGGUCACAACACCGCAGCUGACCAUCGCACCAUCACAGCCGACAAAGCAAGCUAAUCCAGUGAGGGCACUGAAACCAUCGACAGCUCCUGCCCUAGCUCCUAAAACAGCCGUGACGUCCACAGAAACAGCAACUGUUAACAGUGUCACCCCUGGCCAAGAUGCAACAGCAGCAGUCACCAAAAAGAGCACUGCUGUGGUGAAGUCACAGGUCACAGCAGUGACUGUAGCAACAGGAAGUGGCGUUUCAAGUACCACUUCUUCUAUGAUCACCUCGGCACCCGUUAGUGUCACUGCGUCAAGAACUUUAACCACAGUGACCAGUAUCACCAAGCUUACGCUUAAGUCAACUGUCACCCAGCCAAACACAUCCAUUAGUAGUGUUUGCACCAUAGCAAGUGCACCAACUGUGACAACAUCCAGCUCCAAUCCCUGCAGAUCUAUGCCCACCCCUGUUAGCAUUACCCCUAAAGCAAUAGCAGCUUCCAAAGAUAGUGCCAAACCAAGCAGAUCUGUUUUCACUGCAGCAAAUUCGUGUUCUGUUGUGAAUAUAUCCAUAGACAAUGGCAUACAGGUGGCGAAAGCAACCACUGCAGUCUCUUGUGUGGCAUCGAUUGUGAAGCCCACAUGCUCUGUGGUUGCUCCCCAACCGGUGGGCCGUGACUCGCCUCGCCAGAGUACUAAAGUGGCGGCUUCCGUUGGUCAUUCCGUGCCCAGCGUACCACCCCACAGUUCAGUACAAGAUACGGCUUCAUUGGUUACCAGUGUGGUCUCUGCAACAACUAAAUCCAUAGUUACACCCUCAAGUUCUGUCUUGGCGUCCCCUAUUCCCACCACCAUCAGCAGCCUUGUGUCAAGUGGACCAGUGAAUCCUACACAGUCAAAUCAGAACAUGAUACACCGUCAAAGCAAUUCAUCAAAUUUGCCGUCUGACUCCUCCAUGCAGCUUCGCCACGCUUCCAAUUUGCCCACUGUCCAAAUGUCAUGUGUUGAGCCGACCUCUCAGUCUGUGGCCCUGCAAGACCGAGCCAGUCACAUUCACCACCCCCACGAGCCCAGAAAACGAGAGGAUCACGUAAGCGCAUCUCGGAAUCAACCUCUGGAGGUUGGUCUGGCCACACUGUCUUCCACACCUAUGAACUCUGCGCACCUGAAGCUAGACUCCCGAAAAGACAAAGAGCUUGUUUCUGUGGAGAAAGACCAUUUGGUGGCUGUUAAUCCCUGCCCAAGGAAAGACUCUUCGCUCCCUCACGAUGUGUACACAUUAGAACAGAGCACCUUGGAGCAGCCGCUCAUGUCAAACAGGCAGACGGAUUCGCCACUGUCGGCUGGUGGUCGCGGUUUCUCUGUCGCCUCCAUGUUGCCCCCUGCGGGCCACAGUAUUGGCGGCUCGUCCCACAACAGCUUUGGGUCUUUCAAUUUCACACCAGAGCAGGCAGAGAUACUGGCACUGGUGACUGCAUGGGACCAAAUCCCACCCAAGUCUCAGCAAGCCUCCAGCAGCAAAGACAGAAACCCAGAAAUGCAGUUUAAACCAAACAAGCACCUAGACCUGCCCCUGGCAAAAACCUCCUCUUCCUCCCAAAGCGCCGUCCGAUGUCCCCCGGUAGAGGGAGCAGCUACCCGACCCAACAACAGGCCGCCUCACAGUGUGUCCUAUUCACAUUCACAGUCCGCUUCUGUCGGCAGCUUAAACGUUAGCAACUUAAUACGACCUAGUUCCUGCCAGCCCUACCCUGCAUCUCCAAGUCUCCAAGCCUCGGUGUCAUCCCCUGGAGUCCCCACCAACCUUGGCUCCCAACCAUCUUCCGCCGCAAUCCUUCCAAACUGCUCCGUCUCAGGACAGCUGAGCGAUUACCCACCCAAGGGCAACCUCAUGCGGUCGCAUGUCAGCGUUUCGGAAAGGCACCUGAAGGAGCUUCCGAAGCGUCCCGCCCAGGACGACGUUAUGCUCACCAGUAACAAGCGGCCUAAGGGCUGCCCGUCCGGCAACGUGGGACGGAUGGAUGUCAAGGGUGCCACGGACCACUCCCAGAUGGCGAUCGGCCAGAUGACGCCCAACUCCUCGGCGGUUAUGACGCGCAUCAACCCGGAGGGGUCGCUCUUCUCCAGCAACAGCUUUAUGAGCACGGUGCUGAGGCCGACGGACGCACAGCAGGGGCACCAUCCCUCUCAGAUGCUGGCCAAUCAGGAACCCAGUCAGCCGGGGGUGGUGCAUCUCCAAGGCGGACAUCCACAACAUGGAGGUGGAGGUCCUCCUCAGUCCCAACAGCACAUCAUUGGAGGAAACCCAUAUUUGAAGCAGCAGCAGCAGGAGCAGCAGAGGCAUCAUCACCUGUACCAGCUCCAGCACCACCUGACACAGUCGCAGGAUGCCUCGCAGGCUCAGCUGCACGGCAUCCACCAGAGGAGCAUGCAACAGCAGCAGGACAUACAGCAGCAGCACGUCCACAAGAAGAGGGGCAUGGUGCGCGGAGCAGGACAGACUGGGCCUCCUGUUGGCAUGCAGCAGAAGCAGCAUCACUUGGAGAAGGGCGGGCUGCAGCAGCACCCUCCAUCUCAACAGCACCAACAACAACAGCAGCAGCAUCAGCACCCACAGCAGCAGCAGUCUCACCAGCAGCAUCAGCAGCAACAUGCACAGCAACAUCAUCACCAAUCCCAGCAGCAGCAGCAACAGCAGCAGCAGUCUCAGCAGCUGCAACAGCAGUCUCAGCACCAACCUCCACAGUCACAUCAGCAGCAACAGCAGCAGCAAAGUUCCCAUUCACGCCACCAACACCUCCAGCAGCAGAUACAACAGCAACAGCAGCAGCAGCACUUUGGGGCCCGGGGGCUGCAGGACAACAAGGCGUGCGACUCCCAGCCCUCCGGCCCGAGGCCUCACCAGCAGGGUAGCCACCUGGGGCAGCAGCAGGAGUGCCAGAGCGGCCCGGACCAUGGCGCCGUCCAGAGACUCAUGGGCUCUCGCGUCCUAGAGCAGCAGCUGACGUCGCAGGCCAACAGCGCUACGUCACGAUCCUCUGACCUGGUCUGCGCUCCGUCGCGCCAGCGGCUCUCCAGCUACUCUGCUGAGGCGCUCAUCGGGAAGUCAACUUCAAGUGGCGGUGACCAGCGCAUGGGGCUACACCUGCAGGCUGCGGGGCAGAGGGGUGGUAACAACCAAGAGCAGGCGGACCUGCGCUACCUAGAGCGCAGCAAAGGGAACAUCAACCACAACCCCUCAGGUAGCAGCAGACUGCCUCCUGACCACACCGGUUCAAGCGAGGUCCAGAUGACCUUUAAGGGCAACCACCAGCUUGGCAACUUUGAUGCCCAGGCGUCACGUGCAGGUGAUGCCAACAACAAAAGUGGGCCUCCUGUCCAAAGGGUUCCUCAAGUCCAGGGCGGAACCUUCCGGAUGGGUCCGCCGCCAGGUUCCGGAGGGGAAGGGCGGUCUCGCGUUCCGUACUCGGCCACCCAUGCAGGCCCACAGGGCAUGCAGAUAGGUGUCGGACUCCCUCGUGAGCAGGACGCCUUGUGUCACCAGGAGGUCAGAGGUCACCAGAGCUUCAUGCAGAGCCUGCUGGCGCCACACCUGGCAGACCAGACUGGCCACCAGAGGGGGCAGUGUUGCCCUCCGCCGGCGCCUGUCAGCCUGGAGUACGGCAGCUGUGUACCGGGAGCAUCGGCAGGGGACAUGCAGGCCAAGGCCUCCUCCAGCCCCAGCCUCAGCACCUCACAGAAGGCAUCCGCCAUGCGGCUCGGGGACAGCAGCAAUAAGGGACACGUCUCUCAGGUGAGCGGCAACCUGCACGGCCAGGUGGUCCGUACGGGAUUGUCGCACCCUGCCACGACGCCUCAGAGCAACGCUGAACCAGGAAGGAACCCAGCGCCGUCAUCGUCGAGACCCCUCUCCGGUGGCAGCCAACGGACGCGGCACAUUGGACAGGAGGUGCAGAGUUCUAAGAUCCGGCCCGGGGAGCGGCCACGGUCGGCAGCUGUGCGGCCCUCAGACCCGUUUGAGUCAGAGGGCUCGCUGCCUCUCCAGGGCGUGAUCCUGGGCCGCUCGCAGGCGAGCGGGGACACGCGGCGAGGAGGCGGCAGCAUCGAGACGGGCGGAGAGACUCGGCAGCGUGGCAGCAUCGUGCGCUUCAUGCCCGACACCUCCCACGUCAGCAACGCAGAUAACAACCUGGUCUCGGAUCAGCAUCAGCACCUCUCUCAGAACUUCAGCUUCCCGUUCCCCAUCGCGGACGGCAGUAUGAACCCCCCUCCUCCCCCACCCCCCAUCAACACCAACUCCACCUUCAUCCCACCCGUCAGCCAGUCCGGCACCUCUCGCACCUCCCUACUUCCCGUGGAGCCACCCCAGAACACACUGCCCUCCUUCUACCCAUCCUACUCCCCCGCGGCCCACCCCUCCCUCCCCAGCGACAUCCCUCUGCAGUACUUCUCCAACCAGAUGUUCACUAGCUCCGCCCCGUGUGCGGACAAGAGCAGCGCGCCGCCACCGCUCAACAACCGCUUCAGCUCCAUCUUGUCUCCGCCGCGCGCGGUCGGUUUCGCCCAGGCCAGCUUCCCUCCACUGCUGCCUGAGAUGCCGCCACCCGCCUUGCCCAUCGGGAACACCCCCUCGGCCAUCGCCCCGCACCUGCCCAACUUCAACCUCACCUCGCUCUUCCCGGAGAUAGCCACGGCGACCAUGCCCCCCGACGGCUCUUCCGCCAUGCCCAUGUCCCCUCUGCUGUCGCUUGGCAACGCCUCAGCGGCGGACUCCGGCAAGCAGAGCAAUCGCCCCGCCCACAACAUCAGCCACAUCCUGGGACAUGACGGCAGCUCGGCCGUGUGACAUGAUCGUGUGUGUGUGUGUGUGUGUGUGUGUAAGUUGCCGGUUAGCAGCGAUGCUUUCGAGAAACUGGGCCCUAGUCAUCUCAGCUGUGUGGGACCCUGUUGGCCUCAUCCUAGUUCUGGGUCCAAUUCUGAUUCUGCUAAUGGUUCUGUUAAUUGCAGUCUGAAAAGGACUCCCACUAUGUGAAGCUCUUGGUUGCGUGUCUGUCCUGCAUGUCUACAGCAAGCAGGGCAACUGCCCUGCUGUACGCGACAUCAAUCACACUCAGAUUCAGUUACAUUGUAAUGUAUUGGAAAUCUAUCAAAUUGACUAGUGGUGAUGUGGGUGGUUGCAGGUUCAAUCUACUCCCUCUACUAUGUGAAGAUGCCUUUUGACAAGUCUAUUCGCGAUCUCCCUACAAGACGCUAAAAGUGAUCCAUUAUGCAACUUUUUAUGCAACGCUUCUGGGCAACAAUACUGUAAGAUUUUAUUUGACAGUCAAUACAACACUUUUAUCUUCAGAACUUGGAUCAGCGGUAGAUAAAUUGAUCUCAAUCUCUGUAUCAGAAAAUCAGGGGCCAAUUAUGUUGCUGCCCAGAAAGAUUACUCAAAAAGUUGCCCUGUGUAUCAUCACCACUAGUCAAUAGUCACUAUGCGAAAUCUGCUGUUUACUGUGAGAGUAGCAGAUGUUGCCAUUUCAUCAGCAAUAUGCCAAGUGGAGGCUCACUAGUCCCUAAUGAUAGUUUCCCCGUUGUCAGCUGAGGCACAACUUUUGGGGGACAUAUACCCGUUCAACAUCCCAAUUGCAAAAGAGAAAAUGACAUUUGAAUUAUCCUUGUGCGAGAUAUUGAUUAUUGGUCUGGUGACUUCAUAACAAGGCCACAAGCACAAGGUUGGGUUUGGACAGCAGUUUGGAUCAUGCAAUGUACCCUAAGCUGUUGCUGACUUAGUAAUGUCCCUCACAGGGACCCUCUCUGGAGUUGUCAUUAGGUUUCAUGAGGUAUAAAGUUCUAUUCAGGUUUCAUAAGUUACCUGUAGCUGUGAUGGUUUGAAGCUCCCAUGCUGCUCGGUCUCAUAGCCAUGGUGAUAUGGUCAUAUCAUGACGGGCAGGGUUCCACAGGGGCAUCAUUUUCAGAAUUGUUUUAACGUAGAAGUAGAAGUACUCUUACUGAUGUAAUUACAACACUAGUAGCAUAUUAUAUGGUUUCAACUUUGCAGUAUCAUACUAGUAGUGUCGUUAUAAUUACAUCCUCAACAGUACUACUACACUUCACUUCUACUUAAUGCAACUAUGAUCAUGUUCCCUAUAAACACAAGUUACAUUUCUAUUUCUGUAUUCUCCAUAAUUAUUGAUUACUUCAGUGUUUCUUACACCAUGUUGAAAACGUUUUUGUGGACCGUUUAUUUCACCUUCAUUGUGAAAGGGUGUAUUUUUUUUUCGUUCUUUUUUGUAUUCAAAUUAGGUUGCCUAUGAGGCAGGAAUAUGAGUAUUUAUUUUAAGUUCAUGGAAUGAAUUGUAGAUAUUUGUAAAUAUAAAAAGUUGAUUAUUAAAGGUUUUUUAAUGUAAAGCUUCGGAA